CGCCUCAGAGGCCAGGAGCGGCGGGGGCUGGUCAAGCCGGGCGAGGUCAGCUGUGGAGGGCGUGAGAGCCUUUGCCACCCGGCGGUGGCUCAGCUUCGGCGUCCUGACUGCCGCCUUUUGAAUGGGGAGUCUUCGCUGGUGACUGUCGCUUCAGCCCUCCUGUUGUGGCCGCGAGUCCGGUUGCUCUGCUGUGCUCCGUCACCUCCUAAAGAUGCAUCCUGACUUAUCUCCACACUUGCACACUGAAGAAUGCAACGUCUUGAUUAACUUACUUAAGGAAUGUCACAAAAAUCACAACAUUCUGAAAUUUUUUGGUCAUUGCAAUGAUCUCGAUCGGGAGAUGAGAAAAUGCUUGAAGAAUGAGUACAUGGAAAAGAGGACCAAGAGCAGGGAGCGUGGCAAUGCGAUGAGAAAAAGACUUUUUAAUCCCGCAGAGGAAUCUGAAAAAUAAAUUAGAGGCAUACCUCGUUUUAUUGUGCUUCGUUUUAAUGAGCUUCACAGAUAAUGCAUUUUUUCAAAUUGAAGGUUUGUGGCAACCCUGCGUCGAGCAAGUCUAUUGGCGCGUUUUCCAACAGCAUUUGUCACCUUGUAUCUCUGUAUCACGUUUUGGUAAUUCUUACAGUAUUUCAAACUUUAUAAUCACUAUCAUAUUUCUUAUUGUAAUCGUUUUAGAGUGCCACAAGCGUGCCCAUAUAAGACCGUGAACUUAAUCACCGUAUGUAUUCUGACUGCUUACCAACCAGCCGUUCCCUCAUCUCUCCCUGUCCUUGGGCCUCCCUCUCCCCUGAGACUCAACAUAUUGAAAUUAGGCCAGUUAGUAAUCCUAUGAUGAUGGUCUGUCAGCGUUCAAGUAAAAGGAAGAGUCCGCCAUCUCUCACUCUCCGUCUAAAGCGCGACGUGAUUAAGCUCGGUGGGAAAGGCAUGUUGACAGCUGAGAUAGGCUGGAGCCAGGCCUCUUGCACCAGUCAGUGAAGCUGUGAAUGCAAAGGGAAAGUACUUGAAGGAAAUUACAAGUGCUACUCCGGUGAACACACAAAAACGUUACGAAAGCGAAACAGCCUUGUUUCAGUGUUCUGGACAGAAGAUCAAACGUCCCUUAAGCCAAAGCUUAAUCCAGAGCAAAGUCCUAACUCUUCAAUUCUGUGAGGGUUAACAGGUGAGAAAGCUGCAGAAGAAAAGUUUGAAGACAUUGGUUUGUGAGGUUUAAAGGAAAGAAGCCAUCCCUAGGACCUACAAGUGCAUGGUGAAGCAGCAAGGGCUGGUGUAGAAGUUGCAGCAACGUUGAGGCAAGACCCUCCACCAGCAAAGGAUUAUGACUUGCUGAAAGCUCAGAUGAUACGAAAACUAAUGAGAAACUGAAAACUUGAAGCACCAUAGGAAAUGGACAGCGUUCCUUUCAGAGAGCAGUAAGUGCCAGUCAGCACGGGAUGCACUGGACCCAAGUCUGAGACGUGCCAACAGGGUUACCAAUAACUAGUUCUAUGCAGGUGACUGUAUAAUAACUCACCCUGAGAAACGAACUUAAAAAGGCGCUCCUUUGUGGCCUUUGCCAUUGUCUGUGGUGUACACCUCCUGCCAAGGCAGGUAGUUGACAACCAAGCUGACGUCACCCCAGUGGAGCUGGGAAGACGUGCUCAUGCGAGGCUCUCCUGAGCUGGUCCCAGCUGCCUCCAGCCCUCCCGUGGCACACCACCCUGUGACAAGGAAUGCAAGGGAUCAUCACUGGUUGGCCACCUCUCCUGCUUCUGGCAUUUUGUCAGUUGGAAGUACCUGUCGCUGAAGAUGUGUGCGAGACUGCUGUGCCUCCUGCGACAGAGCACUUACAGGCCACGACGACUGGUUUCCGGAGUCUGCAGGGCCAUGCCUUUUUGUGCAAGAGAGAGGAACCUUAUGCCAGGUGGACUAGGGAGGAAAUGGGACCUGCCUGUGCCUUUGUGGCUGGAUUUGUGUGCCAGCACUUGACUGUCUGCAUUUCUUUUCUGUUGCGAUACCACGUAUGACCUUCUGGUUCAGGACAUGUCACCAGUUGCCUGCUUUUCUCAGCUUUCUAUGGAUCAGUGUGAAAUCUCAUAAUUUUCUCCUUUGCGGGGCAAGUGCACUUUCCUCCUGGGGAUUUCUUGGUGGUAGUGGCUGUUGUUUUUAAUUUUUAAUUUUUUUUUUUAUUGCCACUUGUAGGAACCUAGAAGGCUAGAGGGAGUUGGGGUGGGAAGGAGAAGAGGUCCUGUGCCCUCUCGCCUUUAUUUAUUUAUUUUAAAG